CACAACCCACCCCACCCCACCCCUUUGUCUUGUCUGAUCUGAUCAGUUGAUAAUGGCUUCGGUCGCGGCCGUGGAUACCAUGCCGGAUGCGCUCAGGCACAGCCGGUACCAUAUGAAGAGAUGUUUCGCCAGAUUUGCAGGGAUGGGAAGAAGGCUGAUGAAGUUUCAGCAACUGAAGGAAGAGUUGGAACAGACGAUUGAGGACAAGGUUGAAAGAGCUAAGGUUUUGGAAGGUUCACUUGGUGACAUCCUCAGCUCAACACAGGAAGCAGCGGUUGUUCCGCCUUACAUUGCAUUUGCAGUACGGCACAAUCCCGGGUUUUGGGACUACGUCAAGGUGCACGCCGACACUCUAUCCGUCGAGAUAAUCACAUCCACUUGCUACCUCAAGUUCAAAGAAAUGGUAUUCGACGAGGCAUGGGCGAAGGAUGAAAAUGCAUUGGAAAUAGACUUCGGCGCAUUCGACUCGACCAUGCCAAGGCUAACCCUUUCAUCUUCUAUUGGAGACGGGCUCGGAUACAUCUCAAAGUUCAUGACUUCGACGCUUGGAAAAGGCUCCAAUGGCGCGAAACCGUUGGUUGAUUACUUGCUUGGUGUUAAGCAUCAUGGCGAGGAACUUAUGAUCAACGAGAUGCUAAACACAGUCGAGAAGCUUGAAUCUGCACUGAUUAUAGCGCAAGUGUUCGUCAGUGCCCUCCCGAAGAACACACCUUACAUCAACUUUGAGCAGAAGUUCAAAGAAUGGGGCUUCGAGAAAGGAUGGGGAGAAGACGCCGAAAGAGUAGGAGAAACAUUACGUAUGGUGUCCGAGAUACUGCAGGCGCCGGAUCCUUUAAACAUGGAGACAUUCUUCAGCAGGAUUCCGGCAGUGUACAAGGUUGUCAUAUUCUCUGUCCACGGCUACUUUGGACAAGCAGAUGUCCUCGGCUUGCCAGAUACCGGAGGACAGGUGGUUUACAUUCUUGAUCAAGUCAAGGCUCUUGAGGAUGAACUGCUGCUGAGAAUAAAACGGCAAGGAUUGAACGCGAAACCUCAGAUCCUCGUCGUGACUCGGCUCAUCCCGGACGCGAAAGGGAACAAGUGCAACCAGGAGAUCGAGGCCAUUGCCAAUACAAAGCACUCGGAAAUCCUAAGGGUUCCGUUUAGGACGGAGGACGGAGUCGUCGGGCCGUGGGUUUCGCGAUUCGACAUCUAUCCUUACCUGGAGAGAUUCUCUGAGGAUGCUAGUGCAAAGAUCCUUCAAGUGAUGGAAGGUAAACCAGACCUGAUAAUUGGGAACUACACAGAUGGAAACCUUGUGGCUACUUUGGUGGCCAACAAACUUGGAGUCACUCAGGGAACUAUUGCUCACGCUUUGGAGAAGACAAAAUAUGAAGACUCAGAUGUGAAAUGGAGAGAAUUGGAUUCAAAGUACCAUUUCUCAUGCCAAUUCACAGCCGACAUGAUAGCAAUGAAUGCAGCAGAUUUCAUAAUCGCAAGUACAUACCAAGAAAUAGCUGGAAGCAAGAACCGGCCGGGGCAAUACGAAAGCCAUACAGCAUUCACAAUGCCAGGCCUUUGCAGAGUUAUUUCAGGCAUCAAUGUGUUCGAUCCUAAGUUCAAUAUCGCCUCCCCCGGUGCUGAUCAAUCCGUCUACUUCCCAUUCACAGAGAAACAGCAACGUUUAGCUAAAUUUCAACCAGUGAUCGAUAAACUAGUCUUCAGCAAGGAAGAAAAUGACGAGCACAUUGGAUAUAUAACAGAUAAAAAGAAACCGAUAAUCUUUACCAUGGCAAGGCUAGAUAUUGUGAAGAACAUCACAGGGCUGACAGAGUGGUAUGGGAAGAACAAUCGCCUUCGAAACCUCGUCAAUCUUGUCAUCGUGGGUGGAUUUUUCGAUCCAUCCAAGUCAAAAGAUAGGGAAGAAAUGGCGGAAAUAAAAAAGAUGCAUGCCCUUAUUGAGAAAUACAAACUUAAGGGUCAGAUGAGAUGGAUAGCAGCGCAAACUGAUAGAUACCGAAACAGUGAGCUUUACCGUUGCAUCGCUGACACAAAGGGGGCGUUCGUGCAGCCUGCAUUGUAUGAAGCAUUCGGCCUAACUGUUAUCGAAGCAAUGAACUGUGGGCUGCCGACAUUUGCCACGAAUCAGGGAGGUCCAGCCGAGAUCAUAGUUGACGGUAUCUCCGGCUUUCAUAUCAAUCCUAACAAUGGAGAUGAAUCAAGCAGUAAGAUUGCAGAUUUCUUCGAGAAGUGCAAAGCCGAUAGCAAAUAUUGGGAUAGAAUGUCCCAACAAGGCCUCAAGCGCAUUAAUGAAUGCUAUACAUGGAAAAUAUAUGCAAAUAAAAUCCUGAAUAUGGGAACUUCCUACGGGUUCUGGAGGCAGUUAAACAAAGAGCAAAAACAAGCAAAGCAACGAUAUAUCAAUCUCUUCUACAAUCUACAGUUCCGGAAACUGGCAAAGAACAUAAAUAUCCCAAGUGAAGUAACCAAACCAGCAGCAAUACCUCAACCUCAUGAAUCUCAAAUAUCUGAAUCUGAGCCAGCACCAGCACAAGCAGCAGAACCAGAACAACAAAAUAAAUUAGUUCCUCCAUUUGCAAGGGUGGAUAGUAGAAGGGAGCAGGAGAGUCAGAGAACACAAAUUGCAAAAAUAACACAAAGCCCCGACGUCCGCAAAUGGUUUUUAGUAUGUGCAUCUUCCUCAAUAGCUAUUUAUGCCUUGGUGAAGCUGUAUGGAUUGUUCAAAUCAAGAGAUUAAGUUCCAAGCAGCCAUCUAACAUCGAUCACAAUGAAUGUCCAGAGUUACGAGAGAGAAAUUUCACUAGAGAAGUGAAAUUAGCUUAUAGGAAAUCACCACCACAAAACUCAAUAUAAAAAAGGAAGAGGAGGAGACAUUAGCCUCCUAGGAUACAGAGGGAAGUUUAAACAUGUCAGAUUUCAUUCACUAGAAAUGCUGUAUCUAUUUAAAUAGUAAAAAUAAAAUCAAUGUUAUUGUUCACUAAAUUAUCUCAUCUCCAUCCAAUUAACAAAGAUUUGUAAAAUCAACAAAAGGAACUCAAA